UUUUAUUUUCCCACUCAUAAUCACAAUGGUUGCUAUUAUUAGGUAUUAUUAUUCCUAAGCUACCGACUAUAAAAGACGAGGCAGUAGUGGUUGAGAUUGAUAAUCAGGGAUAAUGGCCGGUGCAGGUGCUCCUUUGCCGGUAGCAUACCAAGCAUGGACGAGUCUAGCAGUACCGGACUGGCUAAACAAAGGGGACAACGCAUGGCAGAUGGUGUCAGCCACCCUGGUGGGGAUACAGAGCAUGCCCGGAUUAGUCAUCUUGUACGGAAGCAUAGUCAAGAAGAAAUGGGCCGUCAACUCCGCUUUCAUGGCCCUCUACGCAUUCGCCGCUGUUGUCAUAUGCUGGGUCACUUGGGCCUACAAGAUGUCCUUUGGGGACAAGCUCCUGCCCUUCUGGGGCAAAGCUGGGCCUGCCUUGGGCCAGAAGUUCCUCAUCAAGCAGGCCGCGCUCCCCGCAACGCCUCAUUACUACAACACGGGGGCUCUGGAGACGGCGGAAAUUGAGCCAUAUUAUCCCAUGGCCACCAUGGUGUGGUUUCAGUGCGUUUUCGCAGCCAUCGCUGUGGUCAUACUGGCCGGCUCGGUGCUGGCUAGGAUGAACUUCAAGGCGUGGAUGAUGUUCGUGCCGUUAUGGUUGACUUUCUCGUACACCAUAGGCGCGUUCAGCUUGUGGGGUGGUGGCUUCUUGUUCCAGUGGGGUGUUAUGGACUACUCUGGUGGUUACGUCAUCCAUCUUUCCUCCGGCGUUGCAGGCUUCACUGCCGCUUAUUGGGUUGGGCCAAGGUCGAAGAAGGACAGGGAGAGGUUCCCACCAAACAACGUGCUGCUAACGCUGACAGGGGCGGGGCUGCUGUGGCUGGGGUGGGCAGGGUUCAACGGAGGGGACCCGUACUCGGCCAACAUAGACUCAUCGAUGGCGGUGCUGAACACGAACGUGUGCGCCGCCACCAGCCUCUUAGUGUGGACGUGGCUUGAUGUCAUAUUCUUCAACAAGCCCUCCGUUAUUGGAGCCGUUCAGGGCAUGAUUACUGGCCUCGUUUGCAUCACUCCCGCCGCAGGUCUGGUUCAAGGAUGGGCAGCCAUAGUUAUGGGAGUUCUAUCAGGAAGUGUGCCAUGGUACACCAUGAUGGUAUUGGGCAAGAAGCUCACAAUCUUCCAAAUAGUCGACGACACUCUCGCCGUCUUCCACACCCACGCCGUCGCCGGACUCCUGGGCGGCAUCCUCACGGGGUUUCUCGCGGAGCCACGGCUGAGUUCCCUGUUUCUUGCGGUGACCAACUCUAGAGGAGCGGUGUACGGAGGGUCGGCUGGGGGAGUUCAAAUCCUGAAGCAAUUGGUUGGAGGAUUGUUCGUCAUUGGAUGGAAUUUGGUAGCCACCUCCAUAAUUUGUGUGGUGGUGAAGUUGGUGGUUCCUUUGAGAAUGACGGAUGAAGAGUUGCUGAUUGGUGAUGAUGCAGUUCACGGAGAAGAAGCUUAUGCCUUAUGGGGUGACGGAGAGAAACUUAGCCUCUACAAAGAUGACACCACCCAGCAUGGAAUGGCAAUGGCUUCCAGUGGUGCCACUCAAGUUGUCUAAGGGACUCAAUGAUGCAUGUGCGGACAUGCAUAUUCCUUAUUACAAAAAUCCAACACAG